GAAACAUUGGUUUCUAGGGUUUUCCUCUUCCCCAUCUGAGAGAGACCUCAAGCGCGCCGCACGUACCCUGGAAGACCCUGCUGCGAUCUUCCCGUGCACCAGAUCAGAUGGAUUCAGUGAGUUCUGCUUCUAUGAUAUCUGCAAAUUUGAGUACUGUUCUUGAGUUAAAUGAUUCAAAUUUUAAGGACUGGAAAGAAACUGUCAUGAUUGUUCUGGGUUGUAUGGAUAUUGACCUUGCAUUUAGGGAGUCGUGCCCACCUCAUCCAACAGAUCAAAGUUCCCAUGAGGAUAAGCGGUACUUUGAACUGUGGGAACGCUCAAACCGCAUGUGUCUAAUGAUCAUGAAGAGAUCAAUCCCAGAAAAUUUUAAGGGCUCUAUUACUGAAAAGGCUAGUGCCAAGGCGUUCCUUGAAGAGAUUGAAAAACGUUUUGCUAAAAAUGAAAAGGCUGAAACAAGCACUCUUUUGAGUAAACUUGUGACGUUGAAGUAUAAAAAUAAGGGGAACAUACGGGAGCACAUUAUGGAAAUGUCUCAUCUUGCUUCAAAAUUACAGGCGCUAGAUCUGAGGUUACCCGAAGACUUUAUAGUGCAUAUGGUUCUUCUUUCUCUUCCACCAUAGUUUGGACAGUUUAAAGUUAGUUAUAACUCUCAAAAGGAGAAAUGGACUCUUAAUGAGCUCAUUUCGCACUGUGUGGAAGAAGAGGAGAGAUUGAAGCAUGAUAGGAUAGAAAGUGCUCACUUGGCUACUACGCCUAAAAGUAAGAAAAGAAAGACUAUUAAGGAAAUUGCAGUUGAUCACGCAUCCAUUAAGAAACAGAAGAAGCAUAAGGAAGACAAAUCAAGCUGCUUCUUUUGCAAGGAUGAAGGUCAUAUGAAGAAGGAUUGUACUAAGUAUCACGCAUGGCGUGAAAAGAAAGGGCUGCCUAAAUUGUCGGACGCCAAUUGAUGCUGAAAGAUUCAUCUAUGAGGGCGAUGACAUGAAGGCGAAGAUUGAAGCCAUAGCAGAUUUUUUGAGUUAUUG